GCAGCGAAGGGAACAAUAUUGAGAAAGUCAGCUUUUGAGCCAAUUGUAUGGGGGUUGAGGGGAUAAGGAUAAGUAACAGAUAUGGACUAGUGUGUGGAAAGGGGUGGGAUCCGGUGUGAAAAAGGACAGCCUUUCCUCUCCUUUCUUGGUCCGGUAUCAAAGGACCGCGGGGCGGCCGCUGCAAUGGGUAAACGUCCAGUCACAGGUUGGGCUGAAUGUAAACCGCGCGUUAGAGAGAAGAGAAGGCGCUGCAAGGCGCAACCCGUGUAACGCCAUCAAAUCAUAACCACACAUGAAAUCAAGCGCGCCUAAGGCGUAUUGUUGAGGUAUAAAGGGGUGAACGAGUCAGAGAUUGAAGGAUUUGGACCCCCAUCUGUUUAAUCUACAGUUGUGAUCGCAUGGCCCAGCACACAAAGACACCUUAUUCGACUGGACCCACCGCUGACAGUAAUGGUGUCUUUAAUGACUAUGUUCUGGACGGCUGGGACGAAGAGGCAUACGCGCGUGAGGCACAGGAAGAGGCACUAUCUAUGAGCCAAAUGCCCCCGUCAACGAAGGUGAACGAUGCUUCUUUCAUCCAAUCGUCUCGUGCACCCCUACCUAGUUACGGGGGAUCAAACCAUACUUCGAAAGAGAACACCAUCCAUUCUGGGGUCGCGCAGCCUCGGGCUCCUUCACGAUUCAACAACCACAAAAUUCCAUCUCCUGGCGACGGUCUUCGAAACAAUCGGGUGCCUCAUCAUGCUGAGGCUUCAGGAUUCUUCCCCUCCCCGCCUAAGUCUGACCACGAAGGGAGAAAUGUUGAUCGGCGGCAGCAACGUCCGCAAUAUCCAUCCUAUGGAGGUUCGGAUGGUCUUUCCCCGAAGGGGAUCGUGCCUUCAGAAACAAUGGAUCCUACUCAGUUCAACAUGCCCCGAGCGCGCACGAGUGAUCCCAGGGCUAGGGAUCACCAAUACCCCUCUCCGGGCGACAGUCUUCGAAACGCCGAUUCUUCGUUCCUUUAUACUCCACCUAAAUCUGACCGUGGGCCAUAUUCAUCGAGCCCCGAGGCUCCUAUGCAGAAUGUUAUUACGCCCACCCGACCACACACAUCUGUUCCCAACGCCAGCGAUCAUCAAUUCCCGUCUCCAGGCGAUGCUUUUGGAGCCAGCCAGGAGCCUUUUCGCUCUGAUCCUUCAGCAUUCAGUUACUCACAGCCUAAAUCUGGUCGCGCACGACAUUCAUUCAAUGCGGGGGUUCCUAAGAAGGAUGUCAUUGUACCUAACGAUCACUACCAAAUUCCUCCGGGUGAGAGCCGUGGAAGCAAACGACGUGAUGGGUCCUCAAGACCCUCCCGCACGUCGCCUAAGUUUGUGCAUGAAGGAGAAUACGACGAUCAUACGGCACAUCUGUCCUAUGGGGGUGCGAGAGCUCCUACGGGAGGCAUGGAAUAUUCUGCACGAUCUAAUAUGCCUGCCCACAAUCUCGGAAGCGAUCAUCUCCAAGUCCCAUCUGCCAGCGAGAGUUAUCAGACAAGGCCUUCGAAAUCUCGCGCGUCAUCUCGUCCUGAGCACAUCGAAGAGCACGCCCAAUAUCCACAGAAUUCCCAGUUUGCGCAACAUCAGCCACGCCAUCCCCGGAAGUCGGGGACGCUGUCUGAGGACCAGCAUCAUCCGCCCGGGCGCUCUCAUGCCAAGCCCGUCCCUCCUAUGAACCCAGGACUCAACCAGCCCUCGUAUUGGACUCAUUCUGGUAAGCCUCAGGUUGCCGAUCAGAUUGCCGAAAAUAUGGCUUACCGCUUUCAACCACAUGCAAUGCAGAUACCGUUUUACAAGCUAUCCCUGAGCCACAUGAAAUGUAUCAGGGAGGCUACCAGCCCGGCUAUGUCGCAGUUGGACAACCUAUCUCGUAUAUACCUCCCUCAUCUGUUCAAGUUCCACUACAACCCGUUCUACCUCCCGUACCGGCCUAUGUGUUGGCUCCAGGCUAUGGUGUCGUUGGUGUACCGCUUGCGAUGGGCUACUAAAAAGCGUUCACGAGGGCAUCGAGGGCUGCCCACGCUCCUAACUAUUCUUCCCAUACCCCAGCUCCCUUUACGAACGGACAUUUGAUGUUGCCAAUCUAUAAUUCCUCUAAUCUAGCCACAUGCAGGAGCCCCGCGCCCGCCCGCAGCUGCCUGAGUUAAGAAAUGAUCCACCGUUUAUGAAGUAUCUGAAAUAAC